GCAAUACGCCCCAGCAACCCUCAUCAUCACCUCAAUCACCGGUAAAGUCGCUGGCCGUGGCUUGACUAAGGGCAGGCCAGUCCGAGAGAGCACUGGUAAAACGCUUGGCAGCAAUACACCGGCAGGGACCUUCACGCGAAGAUGAGGACGCGAUUUGUUCCCACUGUGAUGGACACCGAUGAUGACGAUUCGGACUCAGGCUUCUCGACGACCCCAUUGCAGCCGCAGCCAGGGUCUGGCUCCAACGGUAAAGUGCUCCUUCUGGCGGUCACAGUGGCAGUAGUCGUGAGCAUCGUCACUACGCUGGCAUUCGGCCUCAUCCACCGCUCCAAAGGCACCGCUAAAGGGGCGGUAAACGCUUCAGCCAACACGACGCACACGGUAGCGCAGCAGGGGCAGAUGUGCCCCGCACAGCCCACGUGCCCCGGCACCCUCAACCCAUGUGCUCCCGGCCAGGCUUGCCCACCGGCUCCUGGCGUAAAUCCGUCGGGGCCGAUGGCACCCUAUGGACUGGCGGCCAUGUUCCAAACCGGUGACGACCCUCCUUUGGACAGCGUACCCUACGCUCAGUAUCUACAAGAUCAACAGGUUCCGCCGCCACCGCCGCCACCGCCGCCGCCACCACCACCUCAGCCGUUGCCACAGCCUCAGCCGCCAUUACAGCCGAAUCCGGGGUAUCCGCAGCAACAGCCGAAUCCGGGACAAGGACCGAAUCCGCAAUAUCCGGGGCAACAGCCGAAUCCGGGGCAACACUGGCAGCCUUGUCCUGCCAACGGGCUCUGCCCGGUAUUCAACGCGCCAUGCACUGCGGGGACGCUAAUGUGCCCGAGCCCGACGACGUGUCCUGCGACACCGUACUGCCCCAACACCAUUCGGGCAUGCACGCCAAACACGCCGUGCGCGCCGGCUGCGCCACCACCACCGCGCCCCGGUCCGCCGAAUCCCGGCUUUCCGUCGCAGAAUCCCGGCUAUCCGCAGCCGCAACCCGGCUAUCCGCACCAGAAGCGUCGGCGGAGCGGGCGGAAGGAACAACAUAAGCUGAGGCACCAGAAACACCUGCGAAACCAACACGGCGAGCGGCCGCGGAAACCCGAGAAAAGGCAGCCUUCCGAGGACGGGGACUCAGAAGCGUCGCGUAGCGCAGGCUUAGGGAUGCGCCACGAUGAGGCCAGCAAGCAGGAGAGCCCCAGCGCCCAGCCUAUCGUCGCGGGCCGGCGUUGCCACGAGGGCGACCAGUGCGACGACGGCCGGUCCUGUCCCUCGCGCGGAAGGUGCACCGGGGAUGGCCGCGAAUGCGACGCCGACCACGCCUGCAGAGGCGGCGAUGAGGACGGCGGCGAGUGCGAGCGCCGCUGCCCCGUUAAAGGUCCCAAAGAGGCCCGCCGACAUCACAAGGGCCACGCCCCGACGACUACUUCCUCUGGUCUCCCAGAGGUCUCUCACCACAAGUCAAGUAAGCCGCUCGCAUAAACACAGCAUGAAGCAGGAAAAACAACCACAACGGCAGAGGCAAGCGCACAGCAGAAGACCUCAGAAAGAAACAAAAGUAAUUAGUCAUUUGUUGACCCAAUGGAAAAGACAAACGCAGGCUGUGCAAAAGCUGAACUUGGUGCUUUCCACUUUUCCUGUCUCCAGUUUUCCUCAUACACACACAGCCUGAAGUGCAGCUGUACGCCAGAACUCAGGCCAUGCCUCGCUGCAAACUGCACUGGAGGCUCCGUCAGCAAUGCCGACACUCAUUCUAAUUUUCAUCAUCACACACAAACAUUUUUGUCAUCCAUAUUAAUUUAUCAUGGCACCAAAUAAAGCUCAGCAUCAAGGGCCCGUUUCACAUCCUA